AUGAGUUCAGAGGAGAAGAGUAUAUCUCCAGCUCACAAAACAUCCACUCCAUCACAUAGAAGUGCCUCCUCCUCCUCAUCGUCUCAGAGAGACAGGAGGCAGAGUGUUCAUAUUUUGGAGCGAAAGGCUUCUUCAGGAAGCACAGACCCUUCUUUAAGUAAGCAGUUCCUUGAAAGUGAUCAUCUCUCUCUAUCCAAGCAAGAACCUGACAGCUGGGAAAUCAUAGAGGGUCUGAAAAUAGGCCAGACCAAUGUCCAGAAGCCAGACAAACAUGAAGGUUUCAUGCUGAAGAAGAGAAAAUGGCCAUUAAAAGGUUGGCACAAGAGGUUUUUUGUCCUGGAUAAUGGAAUGUUGAAAUAUUCAAAGUCACCAAUUGAUAUACAGAAAGGAAAGGUCCAUGGGAGCAUUGAUGUUGGUUUAUCAGUCAUGUCUAUAAAAAAAAAGGCUCGUAGAAUAGAUCUUGACACAGAAGAACAUAUCUAUCACCUAAAGGUGAAAUCCCAGGAUUCAUUUGAUGCAUGGGUUUCAAAGUUACGGCACCACCGGUUGUACCGUCAGAAUGAGAUUGUGAGAUCUCCCAGGGAUGCCAGCUUCCACAUAUUCCCCUCAGCAUCUACUACAGAGUCUUCACCAGCUGCCAAUGUGUCAGAUGGAAAGGUGCAACAAAAUAACUUCCCCUGGCAGCCUCCUAUACCUUGCAGUAACAGCCUUCCUGUCACCUGCACUACUGGUCAGAGUAAAGUAGCAGCCUGGUUGCAGGACUCUGAAGAGAUGGACAGAUGUGCAGAAGAUCUUGCUCAUUGUCAGUCUAACCUUGUGGAACUCAGUAAACUUCUUCAAAAUUUAGAAAUACUACAGAGGACACAGUCAGCACCAAAUUUCACAGACAUGCAGGCUAACUGUGUAGAUAUUUCAAAGAAAGACAAGCGGGUCACGAGACGAUGGAGAACAAAAAGUGUCAGCAAAGAUGCAAAAAUUCAACUUCAGUCCAACUCAUCUGGAGAUAAUUUUACUGAAGUAUCCAGCUUUUUAUGUCUCUGGCAUGCACAGCUGAAAACACAUGGGCCGGCACCGAAGGGCCAGUUCAGCACAACACGACGCCGGCAGAGACUGGCAGCUGCAGUGGCUACAACAGUCCCUUUCAGUGCUACAAUGUCACCCGUUCGAUUGCAUUCAUCCAACCCCAACCUUUGUGCAGACAUUGAAUUUCAGGCUCCCCCAAGCCAUGUGACAGACCCUCUGGAGUGCUCUACCGAGUACAUGAAGCUUCAAGAAGAAUUCUGCUUGAUGGCACAAAAAGUGCAUUCUCUUUUGAAGUCUGCCUUUAACAGCAUAGCUAUAGAGAAGGAGAAGCUUAAACAGAUUGUUUCAGAGCAGGAUCUUACAGGCCACAAUGCUCAAAUAGCUCACCUCAGACAGUCCCUCUCUCAGGCUCUCAACCAGAAUGCUGAACUAAGGAGUCGCUUGAACAGAAUACAUUCAGAAUCUGUUAUUUGUGAUCAGGUUGUCAGUGUAAAUAUUAUCCCUAGUCCUGAUGAGACGGGUGAACAAAUUCAUGUCAGUUUGCCACUGUCUCAGCAAGUUUCUAAUGAAAGCAGGCUCUCUAUGUCUGAAUCUGUUUCAGAGUUCUUUGACGCACAGGAAGUGCUUCUAUCUGCCAGCUCGUCAGAAAACGAGGCUUCUGAUGAUGAAUCUUAUAUCAGUGAUGUGAGUGACAAUAUAUCUGAGGACAACACCAGUGUUGCAGACAACAUUUCUCGGCAAAUUCUUAAUGGUGAGCUGACAGGAGGCGCAUUCAGAAAUGGACGGAGGACUUGUCUCCCAGCUCCCAGCCCAGACACCAGUAACAUCAAUCUGUGGAAUAUUUUGAGAAAUAACAUUGGCAAAGAUCUUUCCAAAGUAUCCAUGCCAGUUGAGCUAAAUGAACCUCUGAAUACCUUGCAACAUCUUUGUGAAGAGCUGGAAUACAGUGAACUCUUGGACAAGGCUGCUGAAACAGAUAAUCCUUAUGAACGCAUGGUUCUCAUAGCUGCCUUUGCAGCAUCAGGCUAUGCCUCUACGUACUUUAGAGCAGGAAGCAAGCCAUUUAACCCAGUGCUUGGUGAAACUUAUGAAUGUAUUAGAGAAGACAAAGGAUUUCGAUUUUUCUCAGAGCAGGUUAGCCACCAUCCUCCCAUUUCGGCCUGUCACUGUGAAUCGAAAAACUUUGUGUUUUGGCAAGAUAUCAGGUGGAAAAACAAAUUCUGGGGGAAAUCAAUGGAAAUUCUGCCUGUUGGGACCUUGAAUGUGACUCUUCCAAAGUAUGGAGAUUACUAUGUCUGGAACAAAGUCACUACUUGCAUACAUAAUAUUCUUAGUGGAAGGAGAUGGAUAGAGCACUAUGGAGAGAUAACUAUCAGAAACACAAAAAGCAGUGUUUGUAUUUGUAAACUCACUUUUGUCAAGGUGAACUACUGGAAUUCAAAUGUAAAUGAGGUGCAGGGUGUUGUGAUAGAUCAAGAAGGGAAGGUGGUUCACCGUCUUUUUGGAAAGUGGCAUGAAGGCCUCUAUUGUGGGGUUGCACCUUCAGCCAAAUGCAUAUGGAGGCCAGGCUCCAUGCCAACCAAUUAUGAGCGUUAUUACGGCUUCACAAGGUUUGCUAUUGAGCUCAAUGAAUUAGAUCCUUUACUGAAAGAUCUUCUUCCUGCAACAGAUGCACGAUUCAGGCCAGAUCAAAGGCUUCUGGAGGAAGGAAAUAUAGAAGCAGCAGCAUCUGAGAAACAAAGAAUAGAGGAACUCCAGAGAGCUCGGAGGCGGUACAUGGAAGAAAACGGCAUUGAAUAUGUACCCAAGUUUUUUAAAAAAGUUAUUGACGCUAAUCAAAGAGAAGCCUGGGUUACCAAUGAAACCUACUGGGAACUGCGAAAAGAUCCUGGCUUUAGUAAAGUAGACAUUCCUGUACUCUGGUAAACUGAGAAUGUAGACCUAGUAAACAUAUCACUCUGAAGAAAAAAAAAUAACUAUGCACAAUAUGUUUCUUAUAUCUAAGCGUGGUUUGUGGGUCUACAGAAAAACCAUAUCAUAUGCAUUUAUAUUCAUCUUUAUAAUGGACUUUUGGAAGUGCAUUAGACCAGGCCCCUGACCACUUCUGGAUCUUUCUAAUUUUGCAGCAGCCAUCAAAACUAAAAAAAAAAAAAAGAAAAAAAAAAAAGAAAAAAAGGAAACAGAAACCUUUUAAAGUUUCAUACGCUGAAAAUUCAGAAAUAAAGAAGCAGAUGAGAUAUCCAAAGUCACUCAGAAGAGGUGGUAAGCGCAAAACUGCAACCGGUGCUUUAAACAGACAUUAAGAGUAAUACAAUUUAAAUUAAAAAAAAAAAAAAAAAAGAAAAAAUUCCAUUUUGUUUCAACUAUUUUUGUUAAAAACUCUUGGGUCACAACACUGUCAUUUCUGGCUUCAGGUUAGUCCUUUGGUGUGAUGUGCUUGGACUGGCCUUUGUCAAAAAGAUAUGCUUUUCUGGAAGCUGUUCCCAUUCAUAUGCCAUUGUUCAUGCCUUAACAAAAUAUGAAGAUGUACAUUAAGUAAUUUUAAAAUAUCUAUGCUUAGGCUUGUGUGAAGGGCAGAUUUUUAAAGCUCUAGGAUUUUAUCACAAUAUAAAUACUGGAAGACCUGCAUUAUUUGAACUCAAAAGGUAACCAAACAUCUAACUGUAUUUCAGAGGUAUGAGACCUACUGUACAUGCUUUAGCUUUGGGAUGCUGACUGUAUAAUCAGACUGAAAAGAAACUGCUAGCUGGUUGAAUUUCAAUUUUGGUGAAUGCAUAUGAGUUGCUAGUCAGGAAGUUCAUAUUCUAAAUGACUGAUGCUGAGAUGCAAUCAUCACAUUUAGUACUGGCUGGACAUAGACCUCUCAGUGAAUCUCAUUUUCCCCAAAGUGUUUAUACAGUUAGAAAUCCCUGAAGCUUUGCAACUGUGUUAAAAGCACAGAAAGAUUUCAUGUAAAGGUCUCUGGCUUCUCUCUAGAAGCAAGAUAGUACUGUAAAAGCAACUGUUUUCUGCCACACACACUGUUUAUUUUCCUGUCUCUGUUUUUUCCCCAUCCACUUUUCUUAUCUAAAAUUAUGUUUGAGAGUAUGGCAGAGGCUCCCGUGUGUUAUAGCUAACAACUUCGACUUGUGUUGCCAAAACAGCUUUUGUGCAAAAUAUACUUUACAUUUUUUCAUAAAGUGGUUCUAUAUUUUUUGAUUAAAAACAAAGUCUCUUA